AAGCAGAGAGAGAGAGAGAGAGAGAGAGAGAGAGAGAGAGAAGAGCGGUGAACCUCUGCGUUAGCUGCUAGUGGUGGCGCGCGCGCGCGCAGCCCACUCCGGUUUUUGCCCGCCGAACUUGUUAAAAGAGCACGCGAGCUGCCGAGGGACCAGAGACGACCGAUGACUUUUUCGCGCGAUAGAUCGUCACACAGAGCCAAAGAGUAACUCGCCGCCAGACCGACAUCGAUAGCCCGUCGCAGUUAUCAUGUCGAUUACGUGAACCGUGUGCACCAAGCCUCUGACUCGAGCCUUUGUUUACCGAACUUUUUCCUCCGACUCGACUAGCGACUUUUGACUCCGAGUGCGAGCCGACCGACCAGCCGACGAAUCUUCCACGUGAAUCCCGAGAAGAUGACGACCGCGAGGAUGCUGCUCUGUCUGCUGCUCAUGGCGGCCGUCAGCGAGUGGGCGCUCUCGCACCACCUGCGCCACCGCAACGGCAACGCCGAGGAGCUCGAGUCCUUGGAGGCCAGCUCGCCGAACACGCCGAAGAGCCGCCGGAGCUUGCAGCUCGGCCUCUACAACGACAACAACAGUGACAAGAUACCCUACAGCUACAAGAAGCUCGACAAGAUGCUCAAGAAGGCCAUCAUGAAGGUGAUCAUCGGCGAGAUGCGGCCCGCCGACAUGAUGCUGCUCAAAGCUCUCAACUACACCCUCGAGGAGGUGAUGGCCAUCAGGGAGCACGAGCUCAGCAGGAUCAAGGAGGAGGAGCUCUUCGCGGCCAAGGCCAAGAAGCAGCGCGAGCAGGAGGCCCUCAGCGCCAAGUACCAGGCCGCCCUGCACCGCAGGGCCUCGGCCCACUACAAGAAGUCCGCCGAGGAGAGCAGCCUCGAGGCCUACAACAAGCAGGCCGUCUACGACUACGAGAACGGGCCGCUGGAGCCGCAGGUGCCGGCCACCUUCGCCUCGCGCCCGGACUACGAGGAUUCCAAGGACUUGGAGUACGAGGACAAGUCCGCCCCGGCCGUGGUCACCGAGGAGAGCUUCCGGCAGAACUUUGACCGAGCCAUGGAGCCCCACGUGGUCUUCAAGAUCAGGUACGACGACUCGGAAUUCGACUCCGAAUCCGACGAGAGAUCGCGGACCAUUCUGAGGAACCACAGAACCAAGACCGUUCUCAAGCUCGACCGGGCCAAGUCCAGCGCCGUCGCCGAUUCCUUUCAGGCUUCCGGGCUUGGCGGCGAGCGCGCUGCUGCUAAUUCUGCUGCUGAUCUAGCCGCCGCUCAAGUGGAGCCUGCCUCGACGAGGUUGAGAAACCUGGAGGACUUGAACAGGCAGGCCAUGCUCAAUGGGCUGGACGCCGACGACAGCGAUGCCGAGGAGAAGAAAGGGGCACUGAUUGGCUCGAGGCAUCUGGAAGAAGAUGUGGAGCAGCAGCGGCAGAGAAUCGAGGCGGCCACGACAGAGAUGCCGCUUAGCAAGCCGGAAGAGGAGGCGACGACGACGACGGAGAACAAGCGGGCCAGCGAGUACGAGGGUCUCGAAUGGGUCGGGGGUGACGUUUACAGGGUCAAGCCCGAGGCCAUGGAGGCGCUCCUGAAUUACGAGGACGAGCUUGCAGCCGCGGCCGCCGACUACGAGAGCCGGCAAGAGGAGGAGCAGGAGGAGGAGGCGGAGGGGAAUUCGCUGCAGAGUCCCGACGACUCGCCGGAUGACCUCGUCAACGAUACCGUCGAGUACCAGAACGAUGCCGCCGACGCCGGCGACGCUUUCGGCAAUUUCACCGACGGCCAGAACCUCACCUCCUACCAGCGACUGACACUGGCCCAGCGACGAGACAGAAACUUGACUUCGACCUUCGAUAGCCAGGGCCAAAAGGCCAUCGAAGAUAUCAAGCUGCGGGUGCUGGCCCUAACCGGAAGGUUCAACCUCACCUCGACCAACAACCAGGUGACGCGCGAGAGGCUGACCAUGUUCUCCCCUACCUGUCAAGUGCCGCGCAACACCGACGCGGACGCCUGGUCGGACCCCUUCUCCAUGAACAUGCACUUCCAGCUGAACCUCACGAGCAGCGAGCACGUGCUCGCGGCCAAGCUGCGGCUGUUCAGGCUGCCCCAGGAAAGCUACCCCGCGCCCAGCAGCAGUCCCUUCGAGGCCGACGACGAGGACGAGAAGAAGAUCCGCGUGUCGGUGUACUUCUACACCAAGUCGCUCAAAAAGCACCGAGUUAAGAAACGGCUGAUGGACUCGGUGGUGAUGCCGCUGACGGCUAACGGCAGCCACUUUGCGCUGGACGUGAGGCAGAGCUUGCGCUUCUGGAGGCCAAGUGGUCAGACGCCCCACUCGAGCAACCACGGCAUGGUCGUGCAGGUCGAGGACCAGGACGGCAAGCCGCUCAAGCCCGCGAUGUACAUCCAGCAGCCGUCCUGCCAGGCGGCCGAGGCCGACACCGAUGAUAAGGCAUACCAGUUCGUCCCUGCCCUUUUCGUCCGAGCCUGUCCUCGUUACGUUCGCAUCGUAGGCGACAAAAUCGAGAUGUUCGUGCAGUGCAGGCCAACUCAGAGGCAUUGACGACCUUACCGGAGUAAUCAACGACUCCCAACGAUGUUGACAUCGAGAUAAAUUGCGAUUAUUAUUACAAAAGCACAGUAAGCAUAAUUUUCGGUACAUGACGGGUUCGUUGAACUUAAAUUGAUUAGCAGCCUGUUUUUAAAUUCUCUACUGCUUACAUGAUGAUUAUUCUUACGAUUUUACUGGUAUUCCGAAGUCUAAUUAUUCUUAUAACGUUUAAAAUUAGUUGCGAAAUUCUUUGAGUGUACUGAGUAUACAGCUUGAUUAGAUUAGACAAAAUUACGAAAUCUCACUGAAAAUAAUUCGCGCAUUCGUUUGAGUAGCAGUCAAACUUCUUGAAAUUCAGAUACUCCAUUGCACGAAUACGCAGAGAACGGAAGCAUCGAAACAGUAUAUCGAAUUAGCACAGAGUCUAUGAGAAACAAAGAGAAAACAAAUUCAAACUAGGUUUUACCUUUAGGACGCGGUAAGUCAACUUAAACUGAAGAGCACUUAUCUUGUCGCAUCGACGCAGACUGUUUAAUAUUCUAACGAUACGAAUCGUAGACUUAAGAUAACACUAUAGGUUUAUAGGUAGAUGGAUAAGUGAAAGUCAGGAGUGUGAAAUGCCUUUGACAAAGUUCAUCCUGUUUUUGCGUGUUUUAUUAUUCCUUCGCGUAGAAUUAAUCUCAUUUGCGUAAGUGUUUGAUGAUCAAAUUGUACAUAUAUUGUCGAAUCCCGUAUGAUUUCUUAAAAAAAGGCCCCUCCCCCUUCCCGAGCAUACACCUUUCCCAAUCUUCGUAUUAAUUGUUCCUCGAACGAAAAUAUAAAAACGGUUAUUUACUCCGAAUAAAGCGUAGGUUUCAAGCUCAACGACUGAUAUAGCCAAAUGUAGAUAAUAAGUUGCGUGUGUGUUGAAAGUAUAUAUUUAUGAUAUUUUGUAAGAGAAACUUCCUAAUAAGCGUAGAUUUUUUGUUAUAUUUGUAAGUCGCUACUUAAUUCAGUAGUUAGUACGUUACGAAGAUGCAGCGAUGGAGAACAAGCGUUUUGUUGCUUAAUUGUAAAUAAUGUAUAUUUAAAAACUUUCUUUCUGUAUUAGUCUAAGGAAAUAAAUGUAUUAAUAACA